UACGGGCUCUUUUCAGACUGGAAAGCGGGGAUCAGGUCAGGUCUGGCGCGCUCGCUGCAAGGUUAGCGUCCGGGGGCCACAGCGCCCCCUACCGCCGCGCACGCCCGCGCCCUCACGGCUGUUUUUGCUCCCGCCCCGCAGGCAUCGGCAAGAACGUCAUCUGCGACCGCACGGCCACGCCGCUCGACGCCUUCCGCAUGAUGUCGGCCGCCCACUACUACCCCAAGCUCAUGAGCAUCAUGGGCAACGUGCUGCGCUUCCUGCCGGCCUUCGUGCGCAUGAAGCAGCUCAUCGAGGAGGGCUACGUGGGCGAGCUGCUGGUGUGCGAGGUGCAGGUGCACGGCGGCAGCCUGCUGGGCAAGAAGUACAACUGGAGCUGCGACGACCUGAUGGGCGGCGGCGGCCUGCACUCGGUGGGCACCUACAUCAUCGACCUGCUCACCUUCCUGACCGGCCAGAAGGCCGUCAAGGUCCACGGGCUGCUCAAGACCUUUGUCAAGCAGACGGACCACAUCAAGGGCAUCCGCCAGAUCACCAGCGACGACUUCUGCACCUUCCAGAUGGUGCUGGAGGGCGGCGUGUGCUGCACCGUCACCCUCAACUUCAACGUGCCGGGCGAGUUCAAGCAGGACGUGACCGUGGUGGGCUCGGCCGGGCGCCUCCUGGCGCUGGGCACGGACCUGUACGGGCAGCGCAACAGCGCCCCCGAGCAGGAGCUGCUGCUACAGGACGCCACGCCCGUCAGCAACUCCCUGCUGCCCGAGAAGGCCUUCAGCGACAUCCCCGCGCCCUACCUGCGCGGCACCAUCAAGAUGAUGCAGGCCGUGCGCCAGGCCUUCCAGGACCAGGACGACCGGCGCACGUGGGACGGGCGGCCGCUCACCAUGGCCGCCACCUUCGACGACUGCCUGUACGCCCUGUGCGUGGUGGACACCAUCAAGAGGUCCAGCCAGACGGGCGAGUGGCAGAACAUUGCCAUCAUGACGGAGGAGCCCGAGCUGAGCCCCGCCUACCUGAUCAGCGAGGCCAUGCGGCGGAGCAGGAUGUCCCUGUACUGUUAGCACGGACGGGGGGACCCAGGGGGACUCAGGUCUUCAGCGUGGAGCCCGGAGAGGGGGAAGGCGUGCUGGGGCAGAGGUGGCCGCGAGGAGUGCGGGGGCGGGAAGGUGGAGGGGCAGGGUGAGUUAAGCGGCGCCUGGGAAGGUGAACCCCCCAGCCUGGGUGAGGGGCACCUAAUAAGACUGUCGGCUGGCCGAGCCAACAGCCCGGGAGUGUUCAGGGGGCCUGUUCUUCCCGAGAUCACCCCUGCGGGGCGUUUGCAUGAGGAGGAGGCGGCUUAGCCUCUGUGGCCCCCUUACCAUGAGAAGCAAAGAGGGGGUGCUUUCCUCCUCCCUCAGCCCUCCCCUACCCAUCGGCCUCCUUGGCAAGCCAAAUGCUCCCGCGACCCAGUGGCCAGCUCGGUGGGUGCCGGCUUCCCGGCCACCUGCCUCUGGCGGGAGAAGGCAAAUCCUCACCCGUCCGCAGAAGCCUGUUAGUCUGGGGGGAGGCGGGGGUGCAGUGGGCUAAUGAGAAAGCUCAAAUUCCGGAAGGCCACUUAAAAUAUCUGGAGGAAAGGCUACUUGGUAGCAGAGUGAACAGUGUGCUUGAUUGAUUGGUCGUCCUCAUAGGAAGCGGGAGGGUGUGUCUUCCUAAUUGGUACCUUGCCCUGCGCCCGGCCCCCAGAUGGGAUAAGGGAGAGCCGGGAAUAGCAAGUAAGCCCAGAGGAGAGCACCAGAACGCAGGCUGCGUGGAAGCUGAGUAGGCAGAGAAUAAACAAUAGCCCUUUGGGUUUGGCAUCAAUUACAAAGCGGCGGGGAGCUGCCUUUAAUCCUGUUUCCGGUGGGGUAGAACUAAGUGUAAAGGGAUGUGGCGCUCAAGUGUCCUCUCCGGUGGCUCUCCAGUCAAGGGCACAGCCUGAAUGGGUCAGACUACAAGCUCCCGAGCCGCCCUCGCAUGCUGCGGGCCCCACUUGUUGCAGUGCGGAUGUCCCAGCAGAUGGGAAAGGGAGCCAGCCCUUGGCGGGCUUUGGUCUCCAACACCCGUGUCUCCAACCAAGCCGGUAAAGGACUUUUAGGAGAUUCACCCGGCUUUGUGAAUUUAAAAGGGAAGCCUUCGGUUCCACGCAGAUAUAAUCGUCUUCCCUUAAAAAAAAAAGAAAAAAGAAAAUGUCAAGGGUGUUUUCCUUAGCUUUGACCUUUGCUUUCAGGAUUCUGACACCUGCAAGUUUUUGAAUGGGUAUUAAAACAGAAGGACAAUUAAGGAACAUCACUUUCAGUGUUUCUAAUAUGGGGUGUUAGAGCCACGGAGGGGUAUCUUCACGUAGGGUUGAGAAGGGUCACGUUGGGGGGAAAAACGUAUUUUUCCCCUCCUUGGUCUCUUGUCUCCCUUGUCACACCCUGAUUACAGAGAGGUAUUACUGGAAAUGGCAGACGGCUGCAGGCUUGGAGUGGGGUGGUUGCAAAGGGGAACUGUUAGAGAUGCACACGCGCGCACACACACACACACACACAAGGGUUUGUCAGUCCUCACCACCACCAAAUGUCGCUGAAAUAGCUCUUAAAAAUUCAGACCUCUCUCUUGAAAGAAACAGCAAGUCAAACAUUUUGAAACUGGGAAAUUAUCCUUAAUCCUUCACCCCCCCCCACCCCCAUUAGACACUUGUCAGGGUUGACUGGGGAAGACGAGAACUUCUGAAUCUCCAUAGCUUUUGUUCACAGGUCACGGAAACCCAACGGUUGUCUUUGGCACACAUCUGAGGUUUAGACGCCUUUUCAGAUGACUGGCAGUAGGGGUAGAAGGGAAUUUAAGGGGCCGAGAGCCCCUCCCCCCACCACU